UCAGCUACCCAAUACCAAAUAUUUUCAUUUGUACUAUUGACAGAUUCAUUCUCUCUCUCAUGUGUGGUGUGUGGGCCACACUUUAGCUCCAACCAGCGGCGCCAUUAGUCUUUACUUGGUUUCCAAGCUCACCCACCUCUCUCUUUCUUUCACUCUCUCUCUCUCUCAUCUUUAAAAACUACAUCCUCAUCCCCAUUAUAAUAAUAUUUAAAAGGAAAAAUCUUUAUUUAUUUUGAUAUUUAUCACCUUCUCUUUCAUUCCCCCCAUCCCUUUUUCUCCUGUCCACCUCUUAAGCCCAUCCUUUCAUCUCUCAUUCUUUCUCCUCCUCCUUCUGCUACUCUUCUACUACAACCUCUCCAAACCCAAACCAACCUCAACUUGUUCUUGUUUUUUUUUUCAGUCUCUAUUAUUAAUAUUAAUAAUAUUAUUUUUAAUUAUUAUUAUUAUUGAUAUUAUUUUUAAUUAUUAUUAUUAUUAUUAUUAUUAUUAUUGUUCGCAACACAACUCCCUACCAUAACGUCCCUAUUCCAUUCUUCUCAGGCUACUAACCAACCAAUCAUAUUAUAUUUGUAUUAAAAAAUUAAGAGAUUAAAAACCAAAAAAAAAAAAAAUGAAAGGAGAGUAUGCAGAACAGCAGCAGCAGCAACACCAUCACCACCACCAUCAACCAAAAAGCAAUGAAGCUCACAACAUGUUCUCAAAGCUUCACCACUCUCAUCAUCACCACCAUCACCAACACCAACACCACCACCAACAACAACUUCAUCCUUUUGGAAACCCUUUACCUUUCCAGAUAACUCCAACAAGGGAAUGCCAAACUUCCGAAGAAGAUGACACCAGCCGCAGCAGCAGCGGCGCCGCCGCAACUGCCCAGAGACCCAACAACAGGUCCCUUUCCGAUGUCAACCACCCCGGCGACGGAGCCUCCAUAGAGGUCGUCAGGAGGCCAAGGGGUCGUCCGCCUGGCUCCAAAAAUAAGCCCAAGACUCCUGUCGUCGUAGCGCGUGAUACCGAGCCAGCUAUGAGUCCGUACAUUCUGGAGGUCCCCGGCGGAAACGACAUCGUCGAGGCCAUUGCUCGAUUCUGUCGUCGGAAGAAUAUGGGUCUCUGUGUACUCACCGGAUCGGGAACAGUCGCUAACGUCACUCUCCGUCAACCCUCGACCACUCCCGGAGCCACCGUUACCUUCCACGGACGAUUUGACAUACUUUCCAUCACUGCCACCUUCGUUGCUCAAACGUCGCCGUCUUGCCCUAUCCCCAGCGGCUUUACUAUCUCCCUCGCUGGUCCCCAGGGUCAGAUUGUCGGCGGACUGGUAUCCGGUGCGCUUAUCGCUGCUGGAACCGUCUACGUUGUCGGAGCUUCGUUUAACAACCCGUCUUAUCACCGGCUUCCGGCGGACGAUGAGGUUCGGAACUCGACCCCAUCCGCUGAGGCGCAAUCUCCGCCGCGUUCAGGGGGUGGAGAGAGUGGAGGACACGCUCCGGCCGAUUCUUGUGGGAUGUCUAUGUAUAGCCAAUUGCCAUCCGAUGUAAUUUGGGCCCCAACUGCCAGGCAGCCUCCACCGCCUCCGCCGCCUUAUUAGUAGUGGCCUCCACUGCCACCACCACCACCACCAUCAUUGUCGUUAUCGCUAUCAUCUUCAUUAUCAAAGAUUAUUAGUCUGACCAGUUUAUCGGUGUACUACCUUUCUCUUACUAUGAAAUUAAGAACUUGUUUUAAAUUUUUAUUUUAUUCUAUUGGUGUUUGUAAUUUUAUGUUAUUAUUAUAUUAGUAUUUUUCUUU